UGAAUGGCACUCAGAAGGGGAAGGAAGAGACAAACCGAGUGGUUCGGUUCGGAAGGAAAAUUCCCCCAAUGACACGAGCAAGAACAGAAACCGCGCUGUAAAAUGGAGGAUAGCUUCGAUUGCGACUGCGGCGAGCUCGAGCCACCUGAUCACUGAGGGAGAGCGUUUGUGCUGAGCUCGGCCGACCUCCUCGCUCGCCGCUCCUCAGCCCGCACCACACAUCAGCCCAGACGGUGCUCGGUGGAUCAUGGGAGGAUGGUAACGCUGCUGCCGCUCAGGACCAGUCGUACACUGAAGGCGUCGGUGCUGUGAGGAUGCUGCUGCUGCUGCUGCUACUCGCUUUCACAUGAGCAUUUCAUCACUGAUCACUCACCUCCAUUCCGUUACACAGGAAGACUAGAGUUUAAAAAAAAAUAAAAUACCCACAGGCCUGUUUUCUGAGCUGUGAGGGCGCUGUGAGGACUCGGAAUCCCAUUUGGGAAGGUUUUUUUUUUCUUUCACAAAGAAGGCGGAGAGAAGGAGUUUCUCUCUCUCUCUGAAUCAUAUCAUAAAUUAGUUUUUUUUUUAAUUUAAAGAAUCCGUUCAGGGUGCUGUUGUGUAAAAUGGCCGAGAAAUUUGAGAGCCUGAUGAACAUCCACGGUUUUGAUCUCGGCCCCCGGUACACGGACCUGAAGCCGCUCGGGUACGGCGGGAAUGGCCUGGUGUUCUCGGCGGUGGACCGGGACUGUGACAAGCGCGUGGCCGUAAAGAAGAUCGUCCUGACGGACGCGCAGAGCGUCAAGCACGCGCUGCGAGAGAUCAAAAUCAUCCGCCGCCUCGAUCACGACAACAUCGUGCGCGUGUUCGAGACACUGGGGCCGAGCGGGCGGCGUCUGAGCGAGGACGCGAGCUCGCUGACCGAGGUGAACUCGGUGUACAUCGUGCAGGAGUACGUGGAGACGGACCUGUGCACCGUGCUGGAUCAGGGCCCGCUGUCUGAGGAACACGCCCGUCUGUUCGUCUACCAGCUGCUGCGUGGACUCAAGUACAUCCACUCGGCUAACGUCCUGCACCGAGACCUCAAACCCGCCAACCUGUUUGUCAACACCGAGGACCUGGUGCUCAAGAUCGGCGACUUUGGCCUGGCGCGCAUCAUGGACCCGCACUACUCGCACAAGGGUCACCUGUCGGAAGGUCUGGUCACAAAGUGGUACCGUUCCCCUCGGCUCCUCCUCUCUCCUAAUAACUACACUAAAGCCAUUGACAUGUGGGCCGCCGGCUGCAUCUUCGCCGAGAUGCUCACAGGAAAAACACUCUUCGCAGGUGCUCAUGAGUUGGAGCAGAUGCAGUUGAUCCUGGAGUCGAUCCCUGUGAUCCAUGAGGAGGACAGACAGGAGCUUCAGAGCGUCAUCCCCGUGUUUAUUAAAAACGACAUGUCCGUCCCACACACUCCACUCGCUAAACUGCUGCCGGGAGUCAGUGCUGACGCUCUGGACUUCCUGGAGAAGAUCUUGACCUUUAACCCCAUGGACCGGCUGACGGCAGAGGAGGCUCUGGCUCACCCCUACAUGAGUGUGUACUCAUUCCCUCUGGAUGAGCCCGUGUCCUCUCACCCCUUCCACAUCGAGGACGAGGUGGACGACAUCCUGCUCAUGGACGAGGGACACAGCCACGUCUACAACUGGGACAGGUACCACGAGAGUCAGCUGUCCGAGCCGGAGUGGCCCCUGCAGAGCACGGUGGAGGUGGAGGAGGUGCAGCGCGACCCACGCGCCAUGUCCGACAUCACCGACGACGAGGAGGCGCAGCUGGACCCGCGCAAGUACGCCGACGCCGAGAGCGAGAAGUUCCUGGACGAGCAGCCGUUCGACUUGGCCCCGAGUCAGCGCCGGGACGAGGACGUCCACCACGAGAACAAGUACUGCGAGCUGGAGUGCGGCCACACGUGCAACUACAAGGCGGCAUCCCAGUCCUACCUGGAUAACCUGAUCUGGAGGGAGAGCGAGGUGAACCACUACUACGAGCCCAAGCUCAUCAUCGACCUCUCCAACUGGAAGGAGCAGCAGAGCAAAGAGAGAGCGGACCGCAAGAGCAAGAGCAAGUGCGAGAAGAACGGCCUGGUGAAGGCUCAGCUGGACAAGGAGAAGCAUCAGCACCACCAGGGCUUCGACUUCGACUCCUUCAUCGCCGGCACCAUCCGACUCAGCCUGCAGCCCGAGAGCCGAGACAUCGGCCUCCUCAACGAGCUCAACACCUCCGUGUCUCAGCUCAGCAAGUCAGCCAGCCAGGAGAAGGACGAGAAGUGUCAGGUGAACCUGGCUCAGCAGUGCCCGUGGGAAAGCAGUGGGACGGAGAGCUGCCUGAUUGACGAGGCGUGCUGGGACGAGCAGAAGGACGGCGGCGGAUACGGAGGAGGAUACACCAGCUACCUAGAUCGCCUCUUCAGCAAAAGGGAGGACGACGGCCCCUCCGUCUGCUCCCCCGACACGCCCCCGGACGCAGAGUCUCCGCGAGACGAGACCGUGCCCCGACUCAACAGCGAGAUCGUCCUCGAGUCGCUCGGCUUCGACGCUAAGAAAUCCCUGCAGGCUCACGUCAGGUGUUCGCCUCAGAUCGCCCACAAGACCUACAGCAGCAUCCUCAAACACCUGAAUUAGACCCUCAGCAGCCUUUCACCCCACCCCACCCCACCACGCCACGCUUCAGGAGGCGGGGCUCCAGCUCACCAGCCAGUCACAAAGCAGCGUUUAUCUGAUGAGACGAUCCCUUACGAUGUUUUUUUCUGAAGCGGCCGUGCUCCAACAGCACUGUUUUUCUAAACAUCGCGAGGUGUAGCGAAUAACCAAAACACACACACACACACACACACACACAGAGCUUGGCUUGUCCUUAUUUUUUUAUCUUUUGUGUUUAGUGUGUUAUUUUACUUGAAGCAUUUCAAAAACACACACGCACACGGCUACUUUUUAAUUUUAGUUUUGUUUUUUGUUUGUGUGAAUAAUUUCAACAUGUAACUUAAAAAAAAAAUUCCUGAUUCACUAAAGAGCUUCAGUGUUCAUGUUUUUUUUUUUUGAAAUUUAAAAACAGGAAAUUGUAUAUGUUUAAAAACAGAUGAGACUGGCAUGCCGUUUGCACACAGCGUACUGUAGAGGACUCGAGAAACAUGUAGAGGAAAAAAUAAUAAACACGAUGGAGGAAGGAACAACGCACUAAACAUGUGACAUCACUGACAUGACGACUGAACCCCGCCCCCACAUCACUGCUGUACGCUGCUUAUUCAUCCUCUUUAAACAUUAAUUUUAUUCCUUUCCUUUCUCACACCAGAGUCCCUCUGCCGUUCUCCUCUUCUUUAGUUUCCUUUCUUUACUCUUUUUUAAAUCCAUUUAUACUUCUGUUAGAAAGAUUUAUCAGCCUGUUCAUUUUGUUUAUAUAAUUUUUUUUUUAAACAUUUGUAAUUUUAAUUCUCCAGAUAGCUGCUUUUUAAUUAGUUCAUUUUUCGCAAGUUUUUUUCCCCCUCCCAAACUAUAAGCUUUUAUUAUUAUUAUUAUUAUUAUUAUUAUUAUUCCCCCCCAUCCGAGUGUAAAAUUUUUGAGAAAACAAAUAUAUUUUGACUUUUAUUUAAAGCACGAUAUUUUUUGCCAACUCUAACAUUGACCUGGACAAUUUUUUUUUUAAAUGAAGAAAAUUGAAUAUGAAAUCUUUUUUUUUUUUUUUAAACUCAAAAUAUAUUUUUUCCCCUUCAUUUUUCCCACACUAAUAUUUUCUGGUCAUUCUGAUUUUAAUUUUUAUUUAUUUUUUUGGUCAUGUCCUUCGACUCCAUAUUUUAACUGAUUUUAAAUUUCUUUUUUUUUUCAUAUUUUAUUUUUAAAUUGAGUUUCUCCUCAGUACCCACAUUUCCCAAUCUUUUUUUAUAAAUAAUUUGUUUUAAUCUGUCAUACUUUUUUCCUAAGAUUGACCACCACUUCUUUUUUUUUUUUUUGGAAGAACCUUUCUUUAAUCCAUAACUAUCUCUUUUAGUUUCCUUCACAAUGUGACCCAUUUAAUACAAUUCUUGUAAAUCUUUUUUAUUUUUUUUUAAAGCCUAAUACACUUUCACUGAUUAAGGUGGAUGCCCCCCACCCCCCCCACCAUUAAAUUUUUUUACACAUUUUUAAGCUAAAAGCCCCGCCCCCAUAGCUACACCACUUUUUUUUUUACACUAACAUGUUUAUAUAUUCCCUCACUCUUCCUCCUCUAUCUCUCACACCCUCAUCAUUUCCCCUCCUCUGCCGUUGUCCCAGUCGUCGGUGACGUCUCCGUAUCGUAGUCGUUUUAUUUGGACCUGAUGCCAGCAGCUCGGCCGUUUUGUUUGAUUUUAUUUUAUUUUAACGCGUAGGUUAACGUAAGUGUGUUAUCUACCUCAGAGGUAACUGUAGACAUGCGGAGUGUGUGUGUGUGUGUGUGUGUGUGUGUGUGAGAGAGAGAGACUCACCCUGUACGACCUUUCAGUGCCCGAUCACAUGGCUGUUUUUUUUUCUUUGACUCUUUGCCAUAGUGAAGUAUUAAUAAGAUCAUGUAUUUAUUUUGAAUCGUAAGUGGUGAUAUCUAUUUAUUUUACGUUGUUAUUUUUCAAUGUGACUCUGAAUUGAGACUGAGGCAUUGACCUUCCAUCCUCUUUUUGUGUGUGUGUGUGUGUGUGUGUGUGUGAGAGAGAGAAACAGCUGGAGGAUACUCAUCCUUUGUGAAGAACUUUUUUUCCCAGCGUUCCUUUCUAAGGAAAUAACGGUUCUUUUUUUUUUUUUUUUUUAAACUUGGAGGUGCGAAAGUGAAACGUGGUGUUACGGAAUCAGCGCACCUUAAAGUCUUAAAGUUUUUGUUUUUUGUUCUCCCUCCUUUUUAUAGACCCAUGCAGUUAGAAACAUGUGAUGGAAGAUCAGCUAUGGAAGGUACAUCUGAAGCGACAUUAACGGUGAAGUGUUGUCGUCAUCAUCAUCAUUCUUUAUUUGAGCAUUUUUACGUUUUUAGUUUCUCCCCGUGAGCAUGAUAAAGGUUUAAGGUUAUUCUAGCAUGUAGUAGAUCUAUGGACUUCUCUUUUUAUUCUUUUUUUAUUGUGUUUUUUUUUUUUUUGUUUGUUUCAGUUGAUGAACUGAUACUCCGUUGGUUCCCUUGUAAAAUAAAUUAAAUAAAAUGGCCGGUGA